AUGUUCCACUUACUCCCGAGCGAGAUAGUCGCCGAAAUAAUUUCGCAUGCUUCCAACAGCUACAUAUACCCCGCCAUAACCACAUCACUCGGCCAAUUCCCUAACGACCAAACCCUGAAAUCCUUGGCCACACUCUGCCGCGUCUGCAAAUCAUUCUACGCUCAUGCUGCCCGUCUUCUCUACACCGCCGUCACAGUCAAAGACCUCAACUCUUCUCUCAUAGAGUCCUUAGCGACUAAUGCGAGCCGAGUUCGCUCACUCGCUAUACUCGAAAAUCGGAAUAAACAGCUUUUUAAGCAUGAGCUACGGCCAUAUACUCCCGAGGAGCUGGAGAGAUGGAGGAAACUUGAAGAUGCGGUGGAAUGUAUGGAGAACAUCGAGAGCGUCAUCUAUGAAGUAGGACACCUUAGUCCCAGGUUAUCUGCGGCCUUAUCAAAACGUCCAAUUCUGCGCCAUCUCACAGCCCAAAAUACCAUCCCAUUCGUCCCCGGCCCGCCACCAACCCAGUCCCUAUCAGUCUACUGGCUCCCCCACGAGGCGAAAGAGCUUGCCUCGUUGCAGUCCCUUAUUGCCCGCUCUGCAAAGAUUUUACGGGAGCUUCAUCUCUCUCUAACUUAUGUCAACGAAGCAGAGGUGCCGGAACUGCUCGAAACUGUGUUUCCCGAGCCGUAUGGGAUCCCACUAUCGCGGCUAGUGUUGGACAUGCCAUCGUUCACAUCACCGAUAGCGAAGACACUUGUGAGCUCGAUUGAUGUGUCUGGUUUAGUAUAUCUGUCCGUGUGCGGUAUAGAGGGGUCGGGCCACCUGUUCAAUGCAUUGACUGGCCGGGUCAAAAGUCUGCGGGGUCUGACGGUUAUGGGUUCUGCGGAGUCCUUUAUAGCAUCUUUCUCGGGACUUGAGGAGCUGUACUGGCGCUGGGAUUGUGAGCAAACUGGGGAUGGGCAAGGGACCAUUGACGUUUCUGCGGUGGCACACCAUGGGGCAUCGUUGAGAAAGCUGGACUUGGAAACUGCUCAUAUCUGCACCUCCGACGAAGUCCAGACGUUGACGUCGGCGUGCCAGAAGCUUGAAUCGCUACAUAUCGGUAUUGAUUUCACUGAACUGGAACCAAUAGCAGCAUCUCUGGCAGGCUUGAAAUCACUACAAUCGCUCUCCAUCAACCACAACAUGAACCCAGAUGUCCUCACGCUGCCCUUAGGCCCCUAUUACCUCCACCCCUGCCGCUUCGGCAAGAAAACCGCCCUCCAACACGAGCUCACACUGUUCUAUCCCUUCCUCCCCUACAUCGUCGACGGCAUCGACGCUGCCCUCGGCAUCUUGCUCGUCGCUGGCGUGUCGUGCUCCGACAUCUCAAUCAAGGGCAAAGUGCCCCCAUAUUUCGGCAUUUUUGACCACACGCUAACCUGGGGGCGCGCGGUCCCGCGGGUCAAGCGGUGGGUCAAGAAUGGAAGGGCGAAGGACGACGACGACGACGAGUCCCCGGGUGCGUUUAGAGGCGGGAAUGUCGGGGAUCGCUAUAAGUGCGAGGGCGUGGAGGGGGAGUGGGAGAUGGUGGAUUCAUUUCACUUUAGUGACGCUGAGAUCCAAGAUCUGGUUGGGGAAGGGCCGCUAGGAAAGAAUAGGGUGCCGUUUUGCUGCGCGAGGAGGGUGAAGAAGUGUAGGCCUAGUCAGGAUCAGUAG